AUGUGGGAAGACACCGACUUGUUAGAAACGCCCACCAUUUGGGAAACCGUCCGGCAUCCACCGCCAUCCGCAUGGCACAUCAAGGCUGGUGCGACGGUUAAGCGCCGCCAGUUUAUCGAGGAUCAUUUCGGAUUCUACAGCGUGUGGAGACCCGAGGUUUGGUCUUCAUGCCGCUCAGUUGCGCAAGCGGACCUCUGUCCCUUGUUGCAUAAAGGACUCGACGCUCGCGAGAUUGGCGACGUCUACUUCCAGUACCAGGUUGACUUCCUCACCUGGUACGACUACGUCAAGGUGAUGGAUCUUGACGAUGGUACGGAAGACUUCGAGCAUGGGUGGCCUUGGGGUGACAAUGACGAGAUCGACCCUUCUGACAUGUCAGACGGUAUCUCGAAAGAGUACAAGGCCUGGCGAGAGGCAAAUGGCCAUCCAGUGUCGGAGCCCAAGCAGAAGGAGAAGGCAUCGGUCUCCCCAAAGCAGGCUCCUCGCGUCUUGCCUCCGGCCAAGGGUCUUGCUGAUUCUGAGUGGGCGCCAGGCAAUCGAGAAGCAGUGGUACCGGAACUUGACUGGGCGGAUGAGGUUCAAGACGCAGCAGACGCAAAGGCUGCCAAGCCUGAGCCCGUAAAACGGGAUCACAAGCUGAAGGCUUCGGCUUUGUCUUUCUCUCCUGCUGGCCCCUCGAGCAAGGACUCCCAGAAGCCUGUUGUGGCGACUCCUCUCGCCCAAACACAGGCUUCUCCAAAGCCUGCCCCGCGACCUGCUCCUCAAAGACAGGUUGCAAAGCCUCCUUCCAGGGCAGGGUCCUCUUCCACGGCUGCUGGUCCCACAGCCACAACCUCUCAGGCACCUCCUCAGGGCAAGCCUACCGGUUGGAAGAAGGGCGCUCAGCAGAAGGGCCCCCAGAAGACUGCCCCGCAACCUGCUCCUCAAGGACAGGUCGCAAAGCCUCCUUCCAGCGCUGCUGGUCCUGGGGCCAGGACUUCCCAUGGAUCUACCCAGGGAAAGCCUGGCAACAAUAACAAGGGUGCCAAGAAGGUUCCCUUGCGACUUCAACAGGGCGCUGGCUAUGCGUCUAUCGCUGCUUCUGGGGUGGUUCAGGGCAGCAAAAUCCCUGUCCCCCGCGAUCCCGUGGUUUCUAAAGAGACCAAGGAGAAGGUUGCGGAGGCAACUACUGCCUUGAAAAACUUCAAGCUCUCCAACGACGCCAAAGAUAAGGCGCGCAGUGAAGCAGCCCAAGAGAAGGCUGCCAUUGAAAAGGCUUUGAAAGACGCCUUUCGAGUGAGAUUCGAUGCCGAGCUGGCCAGGAUACGGGAGAGGAACAUCAAAGUGGAUAAGGAACCUCUUCCGCCGGUCUGGCCUAUGGACGCGGAGUUCCCAAUCCGAAGGGGGUUCUGGCCGUCCUACGAUGUGGGCUUUGCUCCCCCUCGGGCUACGAAGCUGGAACUCCGCCAGCACAUCUGGGACUCUCUCGCGCUCGGGAAGCUUGGGGGACCUUUCCCCAGUCCUUUUGAAGUCGUCCUACCUCCGUGGAUAGACUUCGCCGAUCUUGUUCUGGGCACAGGAAGCACGGUCCUUGGGCCGGUGAUGGACCAGAUGCCUCGAGAGGUUUCCAUCACCUGGACCAGGAGCAAGGAUGGCCGCCCCUGCUCGCUGGUCAUGGGACCCUGUCCUGAGAUGAACCAUAACAUGAACGACAAGAACAUGUUGAAGGCGGUCCGCACCGUAUGGUGCCACAUUGUCGAAUGGACGGCACAUGCGUGGUAUGGCCGCCCUCGUCGUCUUGCGGACUUCUUGGCGACUCAAGUGACCCUCGCGCUGGCAAUGGACGCCAGCCCUAGUGCCUCCAUCCUUAAAUGGGCUAGGGAGUCGUGGGUCGAAUUUGUCGAUAUGCAGGACUUCCCACGUGCCAAGGAGGCCAAAGACGAAUUGAUCCGGUGGGUCCCAGAGAUCCAUGCGAUCCUCCGCCAGCCCAAGAAUCACGUUGAGCCAUUACUCAACGAGUGGGUCGAACGAGAGGGCGACCUCGACGAUCGCCUCUUCGUGGUCAUGGACACAUGGAGCGUAUUGGCUCCAAUCCACGCCUUCAAGUGGAACUUGGAGUUUGAGAAGAGGCGGCUGGACAAGAAGCUGGCCGAGAAGAAGCUGGCUCAGAAGGAGCAGAUCUGA